AUCACCUGAAAGCGCAAAGAAAGAAAGGAAAGGUGGUGAAAACUGAAAAGCUCCUUCGAUAUGCGAAGCUUCACCCCUGGUUUGUGUCACUUCUGAAUUCGGGAGGACAAUUUCAAUGGCUGCAGUUUCUUUUAGACUCCUUUUCUUUCUUUGUUGUCUCUCGGUCAUAAUCAUAUCACGAGCCAGCGCUCAGACAUACUGUGAUAACCACAAAGGCAACUACACAAUAAACAGCACCUAUCACAACAACCUCAACACCCUCUUAUCCACUUUCUCUUCCCACACAGAUAUCUACUAUGGUUUCUACAAUUUCUCGUAUGGCCAAGACCCAGACAAAGUAUACGCCAUUGGGCUCUGCAGAGGCGAUCAAAACCAGGAUGAUUGCCUCGCGUGCCUCGACGAUGCCAGAGCCAACUUCACACAGCUUUGUCCAAACCAGAAAGAGGCAAUUAAUUGGGAUGGAGAGUGCAUGUUACGCUACUCUAACCGCUCAAUAUUUGGCAUCAUGGAAAAUGAACCUUUUGUGGAAACCGUGUUAACGAUGAAUGUAACGGGUCCAGUGGACCAAUUCAAUGAAGCGCUGCAGAGCCUGAUGAGGAAUCUAACAAGCACAGCUGCAUCAGGUGACUCUCGUCGUAAGUAUGGUACAGCUAGUACACAUGCUCCAAAUUUUCAAACCAUAUACGGUUAUGCACAGUGCACGCCUGAUUUGUCCUUGGAAGAUUGCACCAAUUGCUUGGGUGAAGCUAUCGCAGAAAUCCCAAGGUGUUGUAGUGGCAAGGCUGGAGGCAAUGUUUUGAAACCCAGUUGUAGAAUUAGAUUUGACCCCUACAACUUCUUCGGACCUACGAUCCCUCUACCAUCACCGUCCCCCAAUUCACAAGGAAAGAGCAAGACAUCACGAACUAUCAUAGCCAUAGUAGUGCCUGCUGCGAGUGUUGUUUUGGUGGUCAGUCUUUUCUGCAUCUAUCUAAGAGCUAGGAAGCCAAGAAAAAAAAUUGAAAGUGAGGUUAAAGGAGAAGAUAGUCACGAAGAUGAAAUUACAUUUGCUGAGUCAUUGCAAUUCAAUUUUGAUACCAUUCGAGCUGCUACAAAUGAAUUCGCUGAUUCUAAUAAACUUGGACAAGGCGGGUUUGGAGCUGUUUACAGAGGUCAGCUUUCUAAUGGACAAGAGAUUGCUGUCAAAAGGUUGUCAAGGGAUUCUGGGCAAGGAAAUAUGGAAUUUAAGAAUGAAGUGCUUUUAGUGGCCAAGCUUCAGCACCGAAAUUUAGUUAAGCUACUUGGUUUCUGCCUGGAAGGAAGAGAAAGGCUACUUAUCUAUGAAUUUGUUCCUAAUAAAAGCCUUGAUUACUUCAUAUUUGAUCCCAUAAAGAAAGCACAACUGGAUUGGCAAAGGCGCUACAAUAUCAUUGGAGGUAUUGCUCGAGGCAUUCUUUACCUCCAUGAGGAUUCUCGACUUCGUAUUAUACAUCGUGACCUCAAAGCAAGCAACAUUCUCUUAGAUGAAGAAAUGAAUCCUAAGAUAUCAGAUUUUGGAAUGGCAAGAUUGGUUCACAUGGAUGAGACUCAAGGAAAUACAAGUAGAAUUGUUGGAACUUAUGGAUAUAUGGCACCCGAGUAUGUAUUAUAUGGUCAGUUUUCAGCAAAAUCGGAUGUUUUUAGUUUUGGUGUAUUGGUUCUUGAGAUUAUAAGUGGCCAGAAAAACAGCGGCAUUCGUCAUGGGGAGAACGUGGAGCAUCUAUUGAGCUUUGCAUGGCGAAACUGGAGGGAUGGAACAACUACAGAUAUUAUAGAUCCCACAUUAAAUGAUGGUUCGCGAAAUGAAAUAAUGAGAUGCAUCCACAUUGGAUUAUUAUGUGCUCAAGAAAAUGUGACUGCCAGGCCAACCAUGGCUUCUGUUGUGCUCAUGCUUAAUAGCUAUUCUCUCACUCUCCCGUUACCUUCAGAAACUGCAUUUGUUUUAGAUAGUAACAUUAGAAGCUUCCCAGACAUGCUUUUAUCAGAGCAUAAUUCAAGGGAAACAAGAUCAAGUGAAACAGCAAUUAAAUCAACUCAAAAAUCGAUAAAUGAGGCAUCAAUUACUGAGCUAUACCCUCGCUAGAUUUCGGUCAUAUAUAUUCCUUAACUAAAGUGCAAUAUCUUGGAACUUGCCUAAUUUGUUGGUGUGAUGCCUUGUUUAAAUACACCGUAUACGAUAUUUUUAUUUUAUUUUAAUAAUUUAUGUUUUCUCUUUA